CACAUAACGGCACACAAACUGACAUAUGAACUCUUCUAUUUGUUGGCUUUAUCAAGAAUCAUUAAUGGAGGCAAUGAAGAUGAAGCUCUUCGUGGCUGUUUUAGUGGUCGGGAUGGCCUUCUCUGCCGUGCAACAAGCUACCGCCGUGGAAGCUCCAGCUCCGAGCCCUACCUCUGACGCUUCCUUGUCUAUCCCGUCGUUUGUCGCUACCGUAGCCACUCUGGCCUUUGGGCUUCUAUUCUAAAUUUCUAAACAAAUUUGUCUUUGACUUUUUAGUUUAUAUAUCUAGAAAUCAUACUCUUGAUUUCAUAUUCAUCUGCACUCAUAUAUUGUUCUAAGAAUUUUUUUUUUUUAAAGGGUUAAACCCGGGUCAAUAUUGUUCUAAGAAUUGCCACUCGAAUAUCAAUGGAACAUCUCUGUCACUUUUUAUUAA